AUGACGGUCGAAAUAUUCAAUGAGUGGUUCGAUCACUUUUUGGAGCACGUAAAACCUUCUGAAGACAGUCCUGCCUUGCUCAUAAUUGAUGGCCACUCGUCGCACACGAAGAACCUAGCUUUUACCGAGAAAGCUAGAGCUUACUUUAUUAAGGUUCUAGUUUUACCACCUCACACUAGCAACAAACUUCAACCGCUUGAUGUAUCCUUUAUGGCACCUUUCAAGACGUACUACGCACAGGAAGUAGAGCGUUUCCUACAACAGAAUCCAGGUAAAGUCGUCAGCCAAUAUGACGUUGCCGAGCUCAUGAAACCUGCAUUCAUCAAGGCGGUUACUACGGAAAUUGCUGAAAAUGGGUUCGAAAAAACAGGAAUUUGGCCAUUUGAUCGCAAUAUUUUUUCCGAUGAUGACUUUGCCCCGGCCACGGUGACUGAUCAACCCGAUCCUGAGAUUCUUCGUGAAGAAGAGACGUUUCGAUUGCAUCUUGAAGGUGCGCCUAGUCAAUCGACCGUAAAUCGCAUUUCCUGUGAGGAUAAAGAAGUUCAAGUGCUUCCCGAAGACAUCAUGGCUGAUUUCGCAGAACCGGACAGCAUCUCAACGGCCAAUAACCCGGUGUUUGAAAUAUCUCCGUCGAUCAUACUUCCGUUACCGAAAAUGGUCACCCCGAGAGUCACGAAGAGAAAACGCCAAGCAGAAAAGGCAGCUGACAUAACGUCUGCUCAAUACGCUGACACUUUGAAGAAGGCGAAAGCAUCGAAAGACAUUAAAUCCAUCAGAAAAGAACAAAAACAACGCUCUUCGAAGAAGCCUAAGCAAAAUAAGAGCAAAGGGGACACCUCAUCUGAUAAUCUAUGCGAGAAAUGCGGAAGCCAGUUUUCUGAUUCAGAUUUCGGGACAGGUUGGACAAUAUACUUACAAUGCCUGUCAUGGUUCCACGCUGAAUGCUUUACUUCUGCUGCAACUAGUUGUCAGAACUGCUCUUGA